AUGGGCAUUUCAUCGAGCAAUCUGGGGGAUGCGAUCCUCUUCCCUGCUCCGGCUUCUUCGUACGCCACUCAGCUUCCCGGCCUGCUGUGGAUCGAAGAAGAUUUCAAGCCCAAGGUUCCCCGCGGGAGUCUCUCUGCGGAGGCGGUGGCGGAGCAAGAAGCCGUCCACCGGCAAGAACGCGCGAAGCAGAGACUGUUCCCCGCCUUCUUCAUCGAGGCUCCUGGCGGGGAGAGUCAGUGCACCAUCCUCUACUGGCAUGGCAACUCUUGCGACCUUGGACAGAUCUACGAAGAGAUGGAUGUCCUCUCGAAGUUUCUCAACGCCCAUGUGCUCGCAAUCGAGUUUCCAGGCUACGGUCUGGCGCCUCCUCUGAAUGGACCUGGACCUGAAGACCUCGCGGCGGCGGCCAUCCGCGCAGAGAGUUCUGGCGAGGCUGCGCCCCGGCGCACAACUUCUGGACUCGCGAAAAAUCAGAUGGGGGAAUUAAUCAACAAGUGGAGUCGCUCGGCCUUCAACUUCCUCAUCUGGUUGGGCGUCGCCCCCGCCAGUGUGAUCUGCUUUGGCCGAAGCAUCGGAACGGGCCCAGCGAGCUACUUGGCGGCGGCCUUGGCCGAGGAGAAUGUUCACAUUGGAGGCGUCGUUCUGCAUGCGCCCUACAUCACUGUGCACAAGAUCGUACAAGAAUAUGCUUCUCUCGGGACCUGGUUGAUUUCAAAUCACUGGAGCAACGCAGCGAACCUGGAGAAAAUGGGGGCAGCCUCCUGUCCUCUUCUGAUCGUCCACGGACUGGACGACGAGGUCAUCCCCACCAGCCACGGCCGGAGACUCUUCGAAGCUUACAAAUCCGAGAAAAAAGAGGGAUUCUUCCCUGCAGACUCCUCCCACAACAGCUACUACAUCAUCGAUGACCUAGGCAAGCCGAUGGAGACGUUUCUGCAAGACAAGAGUUUGGCCGCGAAUGCGCCUGCAGUGCGGGUCUCGAUUCCUGCGUACGUGAGGGAGGCGCCGGUGUGGCAGCUCCAGACCCUUGAGGCUUCGGGGGCUUCGCCGGCCGCGGAAGCAGCUUCAGCGACUUCUGCAGCAAGUGCAGCUCUCUCGAGUUUGCCCUCUUCUCCCGUCUCUCCAGAGAGACUGGCAGAGGCGAAGGAAGCGCUCGAAGACUCUCAGUCGCCUGCGACAGAGGCGGUCGUUGAGGCCUCUCGCGGAGGCCCCGCGGUCGUGGCGGCGACGACGCAUGCGGUCGACCGGAGCAACUCUGCUCUCGGAAACUUAAUUGCCACAGCGACAGGGUCCAAGGGAGGCCAGCGAGACGUCGCACUCACACAUGGUCAGAGAGAACGCGACGAGAACGCGCAGAAGGACUCUGAAGACGGCCUCGCCGCGUCCAGGCGUUUCUCGCACAUACUCGAAAGCGGACUCUUCUCUAAAGGCUCUCUCGAUGAAAUCAGGGGUGAAGCGCUACGCGAGGUCACCCGAGACGGAACAGAAAACGCCCACACUUCAUAAGAAGAAAGUUACGCAUCGACAGAGAGACAGCGCACGCGUGGAAAAGGGGGCAAACAGUUGCUGACCUCGAUACAUACAUAUAUACAAAUAUAUAUAUAUAUAUAUAUGUAUAUAGAUACAUAGAUACAUAGAUACAUGCACAUAUACAAGUAUAUAUAUGUGUGUAUGUGUUUAGAGAAAGAGAAAGAGAGGUCAACAGGU